GCAGGCUAAACCUUCCUCUUCCCGUUUCUGGAUCGUUCUCUGCUUUAUAUUUCUACAAAUUUCAGCCUCUUCCUUCUUUUUUCUCUGACAUCGUCAUCAUGAGUGGUAAACUGUGGACAGAGGAGCAGUUUAACUGCCCCGUGUGUCUGGAUCUCCCCAACGAUCCAGUCACCAUCCCCUGUGGGCACAGCUACUGCAUGGCCUGCAUCAAGGAUUACUGGAGCAAGGACGACCCCAAGGGGAUCUACAGCUGCCCCCAGUGCCGGCAGACCUUCUGCCCCAAGCCCUCCUUAUCCAGGAACACCAUGCUGGCUGAAGCUGUGGAGCAGCUCCGCAAAGGGGCCCUCAAAUCUGAUGUGCGUGACUCCAUCCGUAGCGCUCGUGGGAUUGCCUCCUCCUCAUCCAGGUCCAAAGGGAAGCUGUCCUCCUCAGCAGUGCUGUGUGACAUGUGCAAAGGAGAGCAGCGAGCAGCAGUCAAGAGCUGCCUGGUGUGUAUGAGCUCCUACUGCGAGGCCCACCUGAAGCCCCACCAGACCCAGAAGGCCCUGAAGCAGCACGAGCUCAUCGCACCCACGGGCAAUCUGGCUGAGAAGAUCUGCACCCAGCACAAGUACCUGCAGGAGUUCUUCUGCCGCCAGUGUAAGGUGUUCGUCUGCUGGCUCUGCACCAGCAACCAGCACAAAGGCCACGAGUGUGUGUCCACCAAGGCCGAGCGUUUGGAGAAGCAGAAAGUGCUGUCGGAGUUGCAGACAGAGAAUCAGCAGAGACUGAAAGACAGAGAGCAGGAGCUCAAAGACAUGAAGAAGAUGAUGGAGGGGAUGAAGCGUUCUUCAGACCGGGUCCACGACGACACAGAGCAGGUGAUGUCGGAGCUGCAGCACUCAGUGGAGCGUCUGCAGGAGCUUCUGGAGGAGGUACUUGAUCAGGCCAAUCAGGAGAAGAUGGGCCAUGCCCAGGAGGUGGUGAACAGCCUGGAGGCUGAGAUCAAGGAGCUGAAGAGGAGGGACGAGGAGAUGAAGGACCUGAUUCGCUGCGAAGACCACAUUCGAUACCUGCAGACGUACGAGUCCAUGUGCAGUCCCCUGGAGUCUGGGGACCUGCCCACCGUGGUGGCCAAUCCAGAGGCUUCCUUUGAGCAUGUGCGAGACGCCAUCCUGGACCUCAGGGAGCGAGUGGAGGACCUGUGCAACCAGGAGCUGGGAAAGAUCACCAAACAAGUCAACGACACCACUUUGUUCACUUUGGGAGACUCCAACCGUGGUGCAGGAGCGAAAGCGGGGAUACUUAAAUUGUUUUCUGGUUUGGGAUCCCGGAACACAAACAGCCGUUCACCAGCUUCUACACCCAGUAUCUCAGUUGGAACGCGGAGCACGGACAGGCGAGGACUUGGUAUAGGCCUCAGAAGUCAAGAUGUGCGGAGCAGAGACACACCACGAGACAGAAGAAACACAAACUCCCCCAGACUAAGGGACAGACAGAGGAGAGACGAAAGGGAGUCAGUGAGGGAGACCAACCCCAGCCCCAGACCCAGUCCGACUCCCAGCCGCAGAGAGUCUCAGUCCCUGUGGAGCCGGUCCAGUCAGAUCCAGGCUGCUCCUGCUGUAGCUCCGACCCCGACUCCAAUCCCAGCCACCCCAGCUCCAGCUCCAACUCCAGCUCCAGCUCCAGCAUCAACUGGAGGUUUCAGUCGGAUGGCGUCGAUCAGCAGCCUCUUCCGCUCCCAUCGCCGUGGCACCACCCCGGCUGCACCGGCCAACAACACACCAUCUGCAGGAGGAAACCCAUGGGGGAUGGCUGCUCUGUCUGAAACACCAACAGAAGUUAACCCCAGCCUCUUUUUGGACUCGCCCACCCCUGACGCCAUGAAUUACGCCCCUGCUUUCCCUGCACUGAGAGAAAUCAACAUUGACAGCAUCCAGGCCCCAGAGCCGAGGACCAGAGACGAGUUCCUGCAGUAUGCUGUGACCUUGACCCUUGACCCCAACACAGCCCACCGACGACUGGCUCUCUCUGAGGGUAACACCAAAGCCACCCUGCAGGGGGCAGCGCAGCCCUACCCGGACACUCCCCAGCGUUUUGACGGCUGGACACAGGUGAUGUGCCAGAGCCCGCUGUACGCCCAGCGCUGCUACUGGGAGGUGGAAUGGAGAGGCCGCGGCUCCUCUAUGGGUGUAGCCUACGGGGCAUUGAACAGGAAGGGCUCAGACGCCAGGUCGGGGCUCGGCUACAACGCCCAGUCCUGGACCCUGGAGCUGUCGGACACCUGCUGCUCGGCCAUGCACGACAAUGAGAAGAGGGACAUACCAGUCACCUACUCCCCCCGUCUGGGCAUCUACCUGGAUCUGUCCACGGGGACGCUGGCUUUCUACAGUGUGGCAGAGAGCAUGACACACCUUCACACCUUCCGUGCUAACUUCACCCAGCCGCUUUACGCCGCCUUCGGGGUGGGGAGCGGAGUCGGGGUGGGUCUGGACUUUGCCCUCGGCCAGUUCUCCUCAAGUUCUGACAGCAUUAAGAUCUGUCCCAUGUGAGGAUGCAGGCUGGACAUCUUACAGAGACCUAUUUUUAGGUCAAGACUUACCGCACAAGUUAUUUAAUCAAGUCAGAGUAACAAUAAACCAGAGUGUGAGCCAGUGGCUUCGUUUCCAUUACUUUAUUUAAAAAAAAAAAGAGGCAACUGAAUAAUACCCAUAAGUAGUUUACAGA